GCGGAGCUGCGCCGGCUGGCUUCGGCUGCUCCGCUCCGGGCUGCCAUGGGAAGCGGGCUGGCCGCGAGCGUCCUCCUCGUCCUGGCCCUCUGCGGGCGCGGGGGCGCUGCAGGAACCGAAGAAGUGGCAGUGGGCGAACUUGACGGGGAAGUGACUCUGCGAUGCCGGAAUGCAUCUCCCCAAGCAGAUAUGGUAGAAUGGUUUCACGGCGAGCCCGGUGCUAUCCCCAUGCUCUUCUCCUCAGAUGGCAAGCUGCCUUCAGACGCUCGCUUUUCCUUGGUGGGAAACAGCUCUUUACACAUUUUGGGACUGCGUUUGCAGGACCAGGGAACCUAUGUGUGCCGUGAGAUGGUGGCUGAGACCAACCAUACCCACAGGAUCCAGUUACUGGUGGCCAGUGGACCAGACCAGGUGGAGGUCAACAUUUCUCCCACCAUGGAAUUGCCAAACGGCACACUUUAUGCCAAGAGACACGACAUCUUGAACUUCACCUGCACCAGCGACUCCUGGCCUGAAUCCGCCACUGAGUGGGAUUUUAACCCAUUUGGCUCUGUACAGGAGCAAUUUACUGAAGUCAACAGCUCACACAGUUUUUUUGUCCUCCACAACGUCUUGCCCAGCUACCAAGGGAAUUACUCGUGUUUGGCCACCAACUUGUUGAGCCAACGCCAGAGGUCUGUCACGCGGGAACUCUUGAUCUACUAUCCCCCACCGUCGUCACCCAGAUGUUGGGCUCAGACCUCCAUGGACAAUUCUGAGAAGGUGCAACUGUCCUGCAGCUGGCUUGGAGGUUACCCAUCCCCUACAGUCCAGUGGAUCAACCCAGAGGAUCUAGUCCUGGAUGCCAACGCUACCCACGUUGCAGAUGCUACUGCAGUGUCUCUGCAAGGAUCACACCAGCUUUUGGGCAAGGAUUUUGUAUGCUGUGGAAGCCAUGUUGUGAAUGGGGAGGAAAACCAGACCUGCACCUUGCAGUUGGAAGGCCCCUUGGUCAUAUCCAACCCAAUGAAGAGCUGCUUUGUGGGGAGAUCAGUGGCAAUGACCUGCGAACUGACUGCCGGCAACCCACCUGCGAGGAUCACCUGGCUACGCAAUUUCUCUAAGCUGGAGACAGAGAUCCAGUCAGGUGGGAGGUUUCUCAUCAGCCAAAAGGGCAGGGUCUCCACCCUUGUCAUCCAGAAUUGCUCCACCAGCACAGACCAAGGGUAUUACCUCUGCAAGGCUGAGAACCCCCUGGGCUUGAAAGAGGUGUAUGUUCACUUGAAGGUGACCGAACCUGUGAACAUUGCUGGCAUUGUGGGAACCAUCGUAGUCCUUUUAUUGUUGGGAAUUCUGAUCUUUUCUGGAAUCCUUCUAUAUGCUGGACCUCACGUGUGCCUCAAAGGGAACAUGCUUCGGAAUCAAGAUGCCAGUGACAUCCUUGAACUAGUGGACUCGGAAGAAGAGGAUCUGGACCUGGAAGCCACCGGGGAGCCCACUUUGCAUCAGAUGGAAGGGAUGGGGAAUGGAUAUCCUACCAGAUCUACUGAAAGCUCCUUUCCAGAAACAUUCAUCUCCCUGGAAGAAACCCAGAUGUCCCAACGCACGGCAUAGAGGGUGAUCCCUUUCUUUGCCUUAUGCACUACAAACAAAAGCAGUCUUGCAGAGUGGCUGGGUCUGGACCCCAACAAGGAAAGACAAUUGUUCUCAGCAGCCAAAGGAUUCCUGCACAGUUGGGCACCACCUGGGCUUAUCUUUGUGCCUCUCAUUGUAUUCCUCCCCUGUGUUGCUACUUUGCUGAGCUGCCUGUCCUGUGGAGUUUGAAACCACCUUUCUGAGGAUAGGAAUGGGAUGGUUUUUUCAGAGCUAGAGGAAGAAGCAUUCAUAUGAUCCCAGGGACAACUUUCUAUGGACAAGAAGCAUCGUGGCCCUGCAGAAGGGCUGGAGGAACAGGGGGAGGUUUCCCAGCUG